CCCGGCCUUUGUGUGGGCCUGGGCCGCGCCCGCGAGCGUAGGGGCCCUGCCGAGCGUUGGGCCCGGGCCGGUCGGCCGAGCAAGCGUCACGCAGUCGCGGAGGCCAGGGACGUGCAGCCCGCGACCGGAUGGACGGCCUGGCGAAGGAGUGUCGCGUUACCUCCCAAAGACCCUGUAGCCCAUGCCUGCGUCCUCACGGAAAACGCGUACACGUUGGGCUUAGCGGCUUAGCGGAGAGCGCGGGGCGGAGAGGCCGAGUGUGGGUUGGCUCUCAGGUGUUGUCGCUCUUGUGGGCAGCGUACAAAAUAGGGAAGGAGCGCCCAUUAAUUAGCUAAUCAGCUUUUAGUCAAGUCACAGAUUGCUGAUGGAGGAUUUUGUUGUUGUUGUUUAACGUGGAAAGAUAAACCUUUCACUGGCUAUUUUGGAAAUUUCGAAAGGGGAGGUCUCCUUAGGGAGCAAGUAUCGGAGCGGAAGCUUUUGCCGCGAGUUCUCGCCAUUGAAACUUAAAGCCACAGUGCAGUGUCCUCCCGGUGUUCUCCAGGGGUGACUCUAGGUGGGCACGUCGCAGUCCUCUUGCUCGGGAAUGGUGACCCAAGCACCAAAACGUUUGUAUGACAGAUUGGAAAGAUACAAGCACAGGGACUAAAGUCUGGAGUGAUGAUGACUUUGACCAGUUUGAUAAACCUGGUGCGGAACGGUCCUGGAGAAGAAGAGCUGCGGAUGAAGACUGGGACAGUGAACUUGAAGAUGAUUUACUUGGAGAAGAUUUGCUAUCUGGCAAAAAGAAUCAGUCAGAUUUGUCAGAUGAAGAACUAAAUGAUGACCUUUUACAGAGUGAUAAUGAAGAUGAAGAAAAUUUCAGUUCUCAGGAUGUUACAAUCAGUCUCAAUACCACCUCUGGUAUGGUUACAUCGUUUGAACUUUCUGACAACACUAAUGACCAGUCUGGAGAGCAGGAAUCUGAAUAUGAACAAGGCGAGGAGGAGCUAGCUUACCACAAACCUGAUGGUGCAGAAUUGUAUACUCAGGAGUACCCAGAGGAAGGACAGUAUGAAGGCCACGACACAGAGCUGACUGAAGACCAAAUAGAAUAUGGGGAAGAGCCAGAGGAGGAGCAGCUGUACAGUGAUGAAGUGCUGGACAUUGAGAUCAAUGAGCCUUUAGAUGAAUUUACAGAUGAAGAAUACUUGCAGGCUUAUGGUGGGCAACAGGGGCUGCAAGAGCAGGAAGAAUGUGUUGCUGAAGAUGGAUUAGAUGAGCUUACUGGUUCCCAUAUUGCUCCUGAGACAAAAGAGGGAGGUAUGGAAACCUUGGAACUCCAGAAAGACGUAAAAGAAGAAUCAGAUGAAGAAGAUGAUGAGGAUGAAGAAUCUGGACGAUUACGUUUCAAAACUGAAAGGAAAGAAGGAACAAUUAUUAGGCUGUCAGAUGUAACUAGAGAGAGAAGAAACAUUCCAGAAACUUUGGAGCUUUCAGCAGAAGCCAAGGCUGCGUUGCUUGAAUUUGAAGAAAGAGAGCGACAGCACAAGCAGGGCCGCUAUGGAUCCCGGCGGGGCGGCAGGCGAGGUGGCUCUCUGAUGUGUCGUGGCAUGGGAGACCAGAGAAGAGACAGUGGCGACAGAGGGAGAAUGAAAGAUCACAGGCCCGCUCUGCUUCCCACUCAGCCUCCAGUCAUGACUCACUCUCCGAGAUUGAUCCCCCCUCCGCAGCCACAGCCACCCCCUCCGCCUCCAUCACAGCAGCAGCAGCCUAUCAGGAGCCUGUUCCAGCAGCAGCAGCACCCACAGCCUCUGCUCCCACUGCAGCACCCGCACCACCCGUCCCCACCUCAGGGUGUGCACAUGCCCCCUCAGAUGGAGGCCCCUCGAGUGAUGCUGACGCCUCCUCCUGUGACUCCGCAGCAGCCCAAGAACAUCCACAUCAACCCACACUUCAAGGGCACAGUGGUGACCCCUGUUCAAGUGCCCUUGCUGCCAGUUCCAAGCCAGCCAAGGCCUGCUGUGGGACCCCAGAGAUUUCCUGGUCCCCCGGAGUUUCCACAGCAUACACCUGGACCUGUUCCCAACAAUUUUAGCCAGCCCCCACGACUUCCUCUCCAGGACCAGUGGAGAGCCCCACCCCCGCCACAGGAUCGUGAUCCAUUCUUCUUGGGAGUUUCAGGUGAACCGAGGUUCCCUAGUCAUCUGUUUCUGGAACAGCGCAGCCCCCCUCCACCUCCACCACCUCCCACGCUUCUGAACAGCAGCCAUCCUGUUCCUGCGCAGAGUCCCUUACCGUUCACUCAGCCGGGACCAGCAUUUAAUCAGCAAGGACAGCAGCCGGUGUUCCCGAGAGAAAGGCCUGUGCGACCAGCCUUGCAACCCCCAGGACCAGUGGGGAUCCUGCACUUCAGCCAGCCAGGGUCUGCCACUACCAGGCCUUUCAUUCCUCCAAGACAGCCAUUCCUGCCCGGCCCAGGCCAGCCCUUCCUGCCUACACACGCACAGCCCAACCUUCAGGGGCCCCUGCACCCUCCUCUGCCCCCUCCUCAUCAGCCGCAGCCCCAGCCGCAGCAGCAGCCGCAGCCCCAUCAGCAUCAGCCGCAGCACCAUCAGCAUCAGCCCCCGCACCAGUCCCCACUCCAGCCCCCACACCAGCCCCCUCCCCCGCAUCAGCCCCCUCCCCAGCACCAGCCCCCUCCCCAGCACCAGCACCACCACCACCUCUCCGCGCCACCCCCUCCUCUGAUGCCUCUGUCUCAGCCACAGUUCCGGCCGCAUGUGCAGACAGCACAGCCGCAACCCAACAGCAGUCGGGUGCAGUGCCCCCCACGCCAGGGCCUGCGACAUAAUGUAGCAUCUCAGAACGUAACCAAGCGGCCCAUGCAGCAGAUGCAGCCCACAGCCCCCAGGAAUAGCAAUUUGCGUGAAUUACCCAUAGCACCAUCGCACGUUAUAGAAAUGAGCAGCAAUCGCUGCUCCUCCACACCUUCAGCUCAAGUGAAGCCUGUCGUCAGCACAUCCCCGCCUGCAAGAGCUAUGGUGGCUUCUAGGAACUCACAGGGAAAGACUGAUGUGAAAGUCAAGCCAGUCAGCCCUGCAUCUCAGCCUAAGGAGGACUCAAAAACAGAACCAGAGUUUCCUGAUGAAGAUGAAGAAACAAGAUUAUAUCGCUUAAAGAUAGAAGAGCAGAAACGCCUAAGGGAAGAGAUCCUGAAGCAGAAGGAGCUUCGGAGACAGCAGCAGGCUGGUGCUCGGAAGAAAGAGUUGUUGGAAAGACUUGCACAGCAGCAGCAGCAACAGCAGCAGCAGCAGCAGCAGCACCUCUAUGCCCCGCAUGCCCCAGGGGAGCAGGAAGAGCAGGUGGCUGCCCCUUCCCCUACCAACGGGAACCCCCUACUACCUUUCCCAGGUGCACAGGGCAGGCAGAAUGUGAAGACAAGACUUCUUGUAAAAAACCAAGAUGUCACUCUUCCAAACGUUCAGCCCAAAACAUCGAACUUUGUACCAUCUGGUGCUAAUGUGCAGUAUCCAGGACAGCAGACAAAACCACUGAAACAUUUGAGACAGGCCAGAACAGUACCUCAGAGUCAGACACCGCACCAGUUACUGCAGAUCAAACCUGCAGAUGUGGAGGAGCCCCCACCCACCCCACAAGCAGCCCGAGUGCCAUCCCUGCAGGGCAGGCCCCAGGACAUAAAACCUGGUGUGAAGAGGACAGUCAUGCAUCGGGCCAACAGUGGAGGCGGUGGCGAUGGGCCUCAUGUGGGCUCCAAGCUCAGAGUGAUUAAAUUGUCAACAGGGCAGGGAGGAGAGAGCGACGGCUUUUUCCACCUCGAGGGCCAGCCCCAGCGGCUUCCUCAGCCUCCAGAAGUGAGACAGCAGCCUGCCCGCAAGGUGACGCUGACCAAGGGGGUCCCUCAGCAGGCCCAGCAUGCCCCUGUGGGGCCCCACGUGCAUUCGGCUGUUCCUCCAGGGAUCAAAAGCAUCCAAGGCAUUCACCAGGCCAAGAAGCCCAUCAUGCAUGGACGAGGCCGAGGAGUGGCAGGUCCCAUGGGCCGGGGGCGCCUGAUGCCCAACAAGCAGAACCUGCGUGUGGUGGAGUGCAAGCCUCAGCCCUGUGUGGUAUCCGUGGAGGGGCUGUCCUCAUCCACCACUGACGUCCAGCUGAAGAGCCUGCUAAUGUCUGUGGGGCCCAUUCAGAGCCUACAAAUGCUUCCACAGCAGCGGAAAGCCAUUGCGAAGUUCAAGGAACCAGCACAUGCACUGGCGUUUCAGCAGAAAUUCCACAGGCACAUGAUAGAUUUGUCCCACAUAAAUGUGGCCCUGAUUGUGGAGUGAGGUCUGACGGGAGAGUCUCGCCUCAUCUGCACACAUGUGGAAUUUCUUCAAGGAAGCUGCCACUUUGGAAGACCCCAGGAGCACAGCCUCUCUGGUCUGAAGUCUGGAACUCUUACCUGGGUGCCAGCCAGUGCCGGUGACUCCGUAGAGCUGGAUGACGGGACGUGGCGAGCGAGAUGGGUGUUGGGUCGCUUUGCAUUCCGUCGUCCACAAGAACUCACUUCUCGUUUCCCUUUGUUUCCAAGUGCUCACAAUGCAUGUAGGCCCUGUUCUCCAUGAUCCUGCUGUGUGAUUGAUCACAGUGACUCAGUCAGGAGAGAACAUUACGUCACAGGUUCUGAGUAUUUUUCAUAGCAAAGAAUAUUUGAUAAUGGUUGCACUUAUCUUCAGUGCAGGCUAGAAAGGAGUAUCUCACCUAAGCUUCACCAGGGUUGUCUCCUCACCCCUCACAAGGCUCUGGUGAAACCAUAGUUAAAAUUUGGGUGAUUAUCAAUUGACACGCACAUAGCCUGGAAAGCCAGGUGUGAGUGGGUGGUUGGGAUGGUGCCAAUGGAAUGGCCAUUCUGCUUCUCGUAGAUCUCUCCAAAGUGCCCACUGCGCGUUCCUGGCUCCCAGGGGAACUCCCACCUGUCCAUGCUCUCUCAGACAGGCACAGUGCUGGCAGACACAGGAUGCCCCCAGCCCCUGGAGGGCCUGAUUUCUUGCCCUGCAAGGUGAGGCACUGUUGCGGGAUAACCAGACCUACUUAGGUUUUCUUCUUUUUCAGUGCAGCCCCAGGUGGUGUGUUUGUGUCACUGCCUCAGUGACAUGCACUACCAUUGCUUUGAUUGCCUUUUUGCCUUGAGGGCCUUUGAGCAGCGACUUCAUUGUUGUUUAGGGGCUUGAGGGUUUGCUCUGGCUUGCCAUCCUCUACACCCAUGUGUAGGGUAAGGCUGUCUCACGGGGAUAUCUGUUCGGGUAGGUUCUGCAGGGAGACCCUGUCUUCACAAAGCAUCUUCUGUGGAAGUCCUUGCUGGGCACUCACUGGAAAGUGCCUUACUGGGUUUCUGCCCAGGAGUUUCACUAAUAGAGUAAGUCCAGAGUGGGCCUGAACUGUUUGACCAGGCAUCCCAAGGCACACUCAGACUUUAUAGCUGUGCGUCACACCUGUGAUUCGUGUCACAUUGUUAGCAGAGCUGAGGGGCAUAGAAGCCCAUUGUCACUUGCUGCCUCUGGUUAAGCCAGUGAGGACCAGCCUAAGCCUCAGUGCUCUCCAGAAUGCCCCAUGGUAGCUAAGGCAACAAGAGGGAGCUCUGGUUUCCGAGGCUGCAGUUUUAUAUUCCAUUUUCAAAUUAAGUUGCCAGUGCCAAGAACUGGAGAGGAGUAUUCAGGCCCUGUCAGUCUCUGUGUAGCAUUGAUUGUGAGUUGGCAUCAUAUGCCUAGGAGGGACACUGGGAAGUGCAGGAGGUUGUUGGGAUUCUGGAAACUGGCAUUCACCAGCUGUCCUGGCAGACCCUGCCCUGGAGUCUGCUUCUGUUCCAGAAGUCUCUGCCUGGCCUUGUCAGAGCCAUCACUGUCCACUCGUCAGUUAGGUGCAGGUGUGUCCACACAGGAGGAGUGCAGUCUGCAUGGCCUAGUCCUCAGAACUUCACUGAAGUAAUGGCUUCGAUAGCUUUUGAGCUCUGGUUCAGAGAGAUCCUGACCACUAAGGACCUGCCGCGUCAUAGGAAGCCUUAUUUUAUCAUCCAGGAUUUAGGGUACAAUAAAAUGAGUUUAACUGUUUUUUUUUUUUUUUUUUUUAAACCAGUUUUCUUAAAUAGUCUGCUAUGCUUUUGAAGCCUAGAUCUGCACCUCGUCUCUGGGAAAUUAGUAGGAAUUGAAGCAUGGAUGUAAGUGUUGACAGAACAAAUCCUGUUGGGUGCCAUGGUUUAAGACAGGCUGCAGGCCCCUCCACAGUCAGCUUUGGCCUUGGCUGAGAAUGACGGGUUCCCAGGAGCACAUGUGUCCUUUUCCAUAGCCAUCUAUGCGCUCAGACAAGUGUUCUCUUCCUGCAUCAGUGGAGGCAGAGGCAGCAGGGCUGUGUGUAAGGGUGGGUAGGGCAGAGGGGCAUAGGUACAGACCAGCCUCUCAGUACUCACACCCUGGAGCAGCUCAGCCCGGGGAGGCCAGUGCUGCAGACUUAGUGUCCGUGGAGGAACCACAGCAAAGGAAAGAAGCAGAAUUAGAACUGGUACUUCAUUUUCAGGUGCACUUGUGGGGAGGUCAGAUCUCCACAUGCGCCUGAGCCCUGGGGAAGAUCUGCUGCAACCAUUAUCUUUGUUCUUUAUCAUGCGUUUAAGGUGAGGGGCAGGGCGUUAGCACACUGUGUACAUACGGACCUUUUGAAAUGACACGUUACUGGAAAUGCAGUCUAUGCGACAACAUCUUAGCUAUUUGUUAGUUCUUCUGUGUUGUCUUAUCAAAGUUUAAUGGAGACACUUCCAUAAUUGUUUACGUGUUUGUGUGUACAUUCAAUUUUUAUAAAGAUGGUAGUAAGUCAAUUCAUUUAUCCUCAUCUGUGUAUUAUUUGUUCACAAAUUCAAGAAACAUAAAGCCAGUAAAUGCAAGUAGAUCUCAGGAGAUGAAUCCACAGGUGAUUAUAUGUAGUCAAGUAACUUCUCUUCCUUUUGCAUUGUUUAUUUUGUCUGUAAUGUAAGUUCACCCAGCUGUUGACCUGGACAUAGCUUUGCAUUACCCUCGGCCUGGCCACAUUUGUUAAGUCCUAGCCUGAUCUUCUUCUCAAAAGUAAAUCUCAUUCAUUCCUUCUUUGCAAAAGAAAUGUGGCAGUUGCCCGGUGUCCUGAUUAGGCAGCUUCCUGUGUAAGCCUUGCGCUCACACCUCAGCCUCACCAAGAGGAAAGGGGAUGGGGUGGGAGUGGAGAUGCUUUGGCCAUCAGUACUUACGUCCUUAACAGUCUGUGUAACGGUCCUCUGUGAACGGCUGCUUGAGUUCCCUGCAGGCCCUCUGCUGAGUUGUGACAGUGUCGGUCCUGUUCCCAGCCUUCUGCCCGGUGCUGCAGACAGAGCUCUGCUGCUCAGGGAUGCUGGUGAGGAGCUGGCAUGGAGGGCAGGUAGAGUCAGGGACAGUAGCUAGGAGAGGAGCUCUCCGUCAGGGACAGGUAAUAUAGGUUAGGCCAAGGGGCCUUUCUCCAAGGACUGGGGUUAAGAGCCUAUCCCUUUUUUCUUUCACCUUUUUUUUUUUCCCCCCGUUUGUUUUUGGUGAUUCUCUUUGGUUUUAUUGGGAAGGUAAACUCAGCUCAUGGACUGUUGGACAGAGGUGAGCUAGGCAGGCCCCAGUGACUUGAUUGCACAAGCCCAUGGAGGUCUGUGUAAUGCUGGGUGUUGUUCUUGGUUAUCCUCCAGCUCUCUGUCCAUAGGAGAUGAAAUGCCCAGGGAUCAAGGAGCACCUCUAUGGGGCCCAUGCAGGAUGGCUCUCAGCUUUAACUGAGUUGCCGCUGCCCUGUGCAGGAAUCCUGUUUGUUUUCCUACAUGUAGGGCUCAGUCCUGCACACAGUCCCUGUUAGACACUCAGUCCAAAGCUCCUUCAGGACUCUGCAGCCGCUUCCUGCCUUGUCUACUUGAAGCAGAAGGUGGAAUGUGGGGAUAGUACUGGUGGCUGAGACUGUGUGGGAACUGCUCUGGAAGGGAAGGGACCAGGGUGUGCAGGAGAGAAGGAGCUGGGUCUCCCCGUCAAGGGAGCUGCAGGAGCUUAGGUCAGGUACGGGAACUUUGCAUAUUGUGUUCAGUGAGCAUCUGAGUUGAUGUUUUCAGCUGUUUUAAAUUCUGUAAAUAAAGUUUUACUUUGACAUUUUUAACUAUGAACUCUGAAAAGGCAUUUAGCCUUAAUUUAAUAUUAAAUCCUAAGGAUUUUGUGUAAGGUUUUUUUGCAACCUGUUUAGUUCUUGUCAUUGAAAAUGCCUAACUUCUUAGGUACAUGAGCCCAUGGUGUUGUGUACCGGAGUGAAAGCAAACCACUGAUUCAUAUUGGAUCCCCAGGUACGCCACCUUCUGGUGGCACACAGUUCCAUGCUUGCUGUGACCUGCCUUCUCUAGAGACUGUCAUACAUACCUCAACUCUCCUUCCGUCGUGUCUUGUAGGAAAGUUUUUAAGCAAGAUGGGCUGACAGAACAGGCGCAUGUAGUGAGAAACUUCUCAAGUACUUGCUUUUUCCUUUUUCUUCUGACAAACUAAAACAGAGAUCUUUGUGUUGUUGUUCUGCUUGGUUUCAUUUUACUAACUAAAAAGUUUGAGAAAAAUGCAGAUUCUUUAGAAAGAAGCAGCUUGCAGAUUUUUAUUUGCUAUGUCCCACACAUUGGAUAAGCAGACAGGCACUAGGUUCAUCCUGCUGUGUUUGACAGAUUCAUAUGUUGAAGAAAGGAGUCUUCUGGACUGUUUUUACAUGAUUCUCUCCUAAACUAAUUUUUAUUUUAAGGUCAGAUAUAGUGGGAGCUGAUUUUAAAAGACUGCUUGAAUCUUCUGCAUUCUAUGCUAUUUUCUUAGCGUAUAUAAUAUUUAAAAAUAACACGUACACACAGUGAUGCUGUCAGCAGAGGAACAAAGUAACCACCUGUUUUUAUAAUUCUGCUUUUGCUUUUCGCAGGUGUGGGAUCCAGAAUGCUUUGCCUCUGUGAGAGUUUUGACUUCUAGGCUUUAAUUACAUUUAAUUUGCAGGUGCAGCAGUGACAAAGCACGAAGUCUGAUGUCUUUUCUUUUUGAGCUUGCUCUUGGCUUGUUGGCUGUGUCUGUUUUCUUCUGGCUGCUGCUGUUCUGUCUUGGGCUGCACUUCCACAGGGAGUGGGAGCCCUUCCUUCCUCCCCCAUUCCUCUUUCCUGAUUCCCGCCCCCCCCCACACACACACACCGGAUGCUCCUUUCCCUCCUGAGGUGCUGCUGUGGUCCCGCUCCCCUCCUCCCGCUCUCCUGGCUUCCUCCUCACCCUGUCCUGUCUUCAGCCCAACAUACAGGACUCACUCUGACCGAGCACAAUGUUUUGAAUGUCUCUGCACUGUGUCCUGACUUGCUUUCUCUAACCCUUUGCUUUAACAGGUAUCUGCCCAUGAUUUAUUCCUCCAGGUCUCUGAUUGGAGAGAAUAACUUCUUGAUCUGUUAUUUUGCAGUUUGGCUCUGUAGGAGUGUGGGGCGACUGAAAGAUGCCAGCAUUCUGCAGCUGUGGUUGGCCGUGCAUUAACCACCCCUUCUCUGUUCUUGUCCUCUGCCUUCACAGGGCCUGGGGCGUGGGUCAGUGUAGUGGUAGUGUGCCUCUCAUUCCACUUGGAAGCGAUGGCCGUGUGGCCGUGUCACUGCCCUUGCUGACGGUGGCCUCCUAAUGCAGUAUGCGCCUCGUGGCUGCGCCAGGUGCAGCGUGGAGCUGCGUUUGUUGGGAAUGCACUGACUGGAAACCAAGGGAUGGCUGACUGGCUCUUCUGGGUUUGAUCGGCUUCCUGUUCUCUGCCACUCACGCUCGUCUGCUCUGUGGGAAUGAUGUUGCUGUGUUUACCCCAUUUUCCCUUUGCGUUAACCCCAGUGGAAUUUUUCCAGGACUGUUUGUGAAGAAUAGUAGUGAUAUAGGUGAACAGACAAUGUAUUGUUACAUGUAUGAUUUGUGUGAUUUCAUCCUGAAAGAUGUGUUUGCCCUAUAUUGUAUCUUGCAAGAUGUGUUAAUAAAGUCUCGCAGUGUCUCCUCUG